UCUGCAUCAAAUUAACUCUCUUUACAUUGGACAGGUCAUCUUUGAAAAGACAAUCAAGAUGGAAUUAAAUAUUGUACUACUUGUACUUUUCCUGGUGCCAAUAACUGUUGAAUCAAUGAAAGAUACAUCUAAAUGUAAACAACCAGAUCAAUGUAUGACGGAAAUGAACUCGUUUAGUACACUGCUUAACCUUGCCUCUCAAUUCGUUAACCUACAGCAAACGUGCUGUAAUAAAAGUGAGACAGUUACGGACAGUAAAUGUAAGGAAAACAAUACAGAGUGGGCUACAAAAGAGGAUAUCAUAGAUAUACAGCAGAAAUUAGCAUCGAUUCAUGACUUAAUACAGAACUGCAGUCACGACAUGAAAAAUAGAUUCUAUCCACAAGACUGUCAAGAUCUGUUGUUGAGAGGUUACAGAGAGAGUAAGGUGUACACUAUUUACCCGAAUAGAGGAACUGGGAUCCAGGUCUACUGUGAUCAAGAGACAGCUGGGGGCGGAUGGACGGUUAUACAAAGGAGACAGGACGGAUCAGAAAAUUUCUUUAGAAACUGGAAUGACUACAAAAAUGGUUUUGGGAAUCUGUCAAACGAGUUUUGGCUAGGAAAUGAGAAAAUCCACACCAUUACAAACUCAGGAAAGUACACUUUACGGAUAGAUUUGAAGGAUUUUUCAGGAAAUUCUCGAUAUGCAAGCUACAAGACAUUCAGUAUCGGAAAUGAGGAGUCAGAAUAUAUUUUGAGGGUCUCAGGUUACAGUGGAAAUGCUGGCGACUCAUUUAUGUCCCGACAUAACAACGUCAAAUUUAUCACUAAGGAUCAUGGUGAUAUAGAAAAAUGUGCAAAGGCCUAUAAAGGAGGUUGGUGGUACAAAUAUUGUCACCUUUCUAAUCUGAACGGACUCUACCUAAAAGGAAAGCAUAAAUCCUAUGCUGACGGUGUGGAAUGGUAUACCUGGACAGGAUAUCAUUAUUCCCUGAAGUUUGCGGACAUGAAAAUCCGGAAAUCACACGUCUGAGAAUCGUUAAUAGAAAAUAAAA